AUGAUUACUUCGGCUGAACCGCAUCUUCGCCGAUUCUUUCAAUGGUAUGGUGAAUUUAGUUAUCAGUGGCGAUGGUUUCUGGUUAUUUCACCUUUGAUCAUAACACCAAUUUUAUCACUUGGAUUUUGUCGCCUUACUGCUUUAUCUGUUGAAGAUCCUUUAUAUGUUUUCACACCUUCAAAUGCCAAAUGGCAUCAAGAAUAUGAAACUUUUGCAUCACUGUGGCCAUUGGAUGAGAACAAAUUUUUACCGGGUAAAUCAUUUGAAAUGAAACAAUUCAUAAAUGUGUUAGUGAAAGCGAAAGAUGGCGGUGAUUUAUUAAGGCAAGAAAUACUGCACGAAAUACAAACUCUUAAUCAAUGGAUUAUGUAUAAUAUUAGCAUUAAAACGGCUGAUCAACAGUACAACCUGACAUAUCAGGAUUUAUGCCUUACUUACAAUUGGGUAUGUAGUGCUAACGAACAUAUUUCAAUGUUACAAGAACGAUUAAAAGUGAGCAGUUUUUUAGAAUUAACGUAUCCUCGCGCAGGUAGUAAGGACACACCAGUCUACCUUGGAGCACUGCUCAGUGAUGUGAAAUUAAAUGAAUCAGCUGGUAUUAUAAAAGCAGCAAAGUUAACACAACUGUUUUAUUUCUUAAAACAAGAAUCAGAUAUAAUUCGUCAUUAUUCAACAAAAUUUUCAUAUGCAGUAGAACAAUAUCUAUUGUAUGCUUACAAAAGUGAUAUAAUUUCGUUUUCAUUUGCUCAUUAUCGAUCAUUACAGGAUGGUUUAAAUGCAAAUGCAAAUAAUUUUGCGGGCAAUUUUUUGAUGAGUUUUAUUUCGCUCUCAAUCUAUGCCAUAUUAUUUUCAUUUGGAUUAGAAAAGCGUGGAAAAGCAAGCAUCGACUGGGUGCGCAGUAAGCCAUAUGUGGCAUUCGCAGGUCUUAUCACAACAUUGUUAUCAAUUUGCAGCGGUUUUGGGUUGGCAUUAAUUGUGGGCAUACAAUAUAAUGUUAUUAAUACAAUUAUACCAUUUCUUAUCACUGGGGGCUUAUUACAUUCAGUUGUAGCAAUUGGUAUUGAUGAUAUGUUUGUAAUGAAUGCUUGUUGGGAGCAAACAAAUCAAAAAGAUUCUGCGUCAAAAAGAAUGAGCAGUAUGAUGGCUCAUGCUGGUGUUACAAUUUCUAUCACAAAUAUUACUGAUAUCUUAUCAUUUGCCAUUGGUUGUGUCAGCGAGUUGCCUGGUAUACAACUUUUUUGCAGUUAUGCAUGUAUAACUGUCGUAUUUUCAUACCUUUAUCAAUUAACGUUUUUUACGGCAUUUCUCGGAAUAAUGGGUGAAGUGGAACAAAACCAGCGGCAUUGUUUAUUUUUUUACAAAGUCAAAAAAAAAUGCAAAAAAAUUACAAUGGUUGGUAGUAGUAAAUGUUUCAUCGGCAAGAAUUGUGUGGAUAAUAUCUUGCGGUGCUCAUCAACUGGCAGUAGAUCAAAUAUAUCAUGUAAUUUGGGUAAUAUUGGAGAGUCAGAUAGUAAUACAUUAAAAACCGCUAUCAAAACCCUUACUCUUAUUACUCUUACUGAUGAAUUUUGUCAAGAAAAGUCUAAAGAAAUAAUUGGUGCCAGAAGAGAUUAUAUGACAAACCAUUAUGGGUUCUGUAUUGCAAAAUUGCCAGAACUUAAAGAUCAAACGGCUGGGAUAGUGGAGAGUAAUCAAAUCCAGUAUAUCUUCAGUCACUUUUACGUUCAGCUUCUAUUGCACAAAGGAUGUGCUCUUUUAACUUUCAUUUUUUACACAACUUACCUUACUUUCGCCAUAAUUGGAUGUUUCAAUUACUCGAUUCCAAAAUCUCAGGAAGGAUUGGAACCGGAAAAUUUAGUUACAAAUAACCACUAUACAGCUCAUUAUUUUGCUGACUUAAAAAAUUUCUGGAUUCAAGGCACACAACUUCAUGUAGCUGUGAAAAAUUCACCAAAUUUUACCGACCCAUUGCAAAGAGAAAGAAUAAUGGGUGUAGUUCGAGCAUUUGAAAAUACAGAAUAUACGAUGGGCAGAGAGGGAACGAUUUUUUUCUUUCUCGAAUAUUUGAAUUAUCUUGACGAAGUUAACGCUGAAUUAGAAAAUACAGAACGUAUUUGGAAUGCAAAAUUGUUGAGUUGGUUGAAAUACACAGGAGGAAGUAGUCAGUGGGCUUCAGACAUUCGAUUUAAUGAAAAUGGCACUCUUCAAGCUUUUCGAUUUCAGAUUGCAAUGCGAAACCUUGUGCAAGCAAACCAGCAAAAACGCGCAGCACAGAAACUACGUCAAAUAGCAUCUUCACAGCAAACAUUUGAGAUUGAAAUAUUUCAUGAAACAUUUCCUUUUGCUGAUCAGUACAUUAUUAUCGUACCAGCAACUGUACGCAAUAUUAUUAUAUCACUUUCGUGCAUGGCAGUUGUCGCUUUCAUGUUGAUACCAAAUUUGGCUUCCUGUGUACUGAUUAUCUUCUCCAUAAUAUCGAUAAACAUUGGUGUUUUUGGCUACAUGACACUUUGGGGUGUUAAUUUGGAUGCCGUAUCCAUGAUUUCUAUUAUUAUGAGUAUUGGUUUCGCCGUUGAUUUAUCUUCCCAUAUUACUUAUGCUUUUGUCAAUGCCUUUGGUUCAUCUCAACAACGAGUUAGACAUGCUUUACAAUCACUUGGAUGGCCUAUAUUCCAAGGCGCAACAUCAACAAUUGUCGGUAUAUCAGUGCUAUAUACAGUAGACGCAUAUAUAAUUUUAACAUUUUUCAAGACUAUUUGGCUUACAAUGAUUAUUGGAUUAUUACAUGGAAUACUGUUCAUCCCGGUUGCUCUCAGUUUUUUUCCCUUAUCAUCCUUUUCACAUGAAACUUUAACUCAUAACACAAUGAGCUCUUGA